ACAACAAAAAAGAAAAUGAUAAAACGAGAAAUGCAGCGAUAUUACGCAGAACGUGAGACAACUGGACCCGAGUUCGAUGAUCGCCUUAUAAAAUUGGUUCGCUCCAAUCCUGCCAUUUACGAUGUGAGCCAUCCGCAUUACCGCCGAAAUCCCGUUAGAGUGGACAUAUGGGAUCGUAUAGCUAAUGAACUGGGCGCUUCAUCACGCUUUCUGCAAACGAAAUGGAAGAACAUACGGUACAAUUAUCUGCAAGAGAUUAAAGCACUGGAAACAGGUCAGGUAAAUCCGAAUGUGCGCAAGCGGCGCUUUACGGAGGAUCUAUCAUUUUUACAAAACACAGCACAAACGUACAAUGUGAGAAAGGCACAAUCCUACAUAACCCAGACCAAUAAUAAUACAAAUAAUAAUAACGGUGGCAGCAGCGACAACGACAGCAACAGUUUUCUGUACCCAGACCCAGAGCACUUGCGAAUUGAUCUCACAGAGAACUAUGAUAUCAUUGAGCUGGACGAUGACAACAGUGAAGAUGGCUCGACGCAUGUGGGCGGCCACAGUGAUAAUGAAAUCGUGCCUGAGCUGCUAGUCAUGGAGCCCAAGCCCGAUGUCACCUUGCAAGAGUCAAUGGCUGUCAAUGGCAACGGCAGCAGCAAUGACCACAACAAUAUGGAAGUCAACUCUCCGGCCUCCUCGCCGCUGCUUAUGCCCAUGGUGAUAAUGGGCAAUGCCGAUGAGGGGUCACAGCAGGACAUUAAGUCGCAUGAUCAGAAUAUAGACAUUAAGCCGCAAUACCACAAUCAAACCGUUAAAGCCGAACCUCAAUACAGGCAUAACAAUGCGCUGUCCAAUGGCGAGGUGACCAUUGAGCCCAUUUAUAAGGCAGCGCUCACGAGGCGCAGUGCAUCCGGCAGAGAUAUCAUGGCAAAUGCGGCCAAGCGGAAAGCUAUGGCAGCUCCUCUACCCAGAUUAGCGCCUAUCAAUGAUCCAAUUGAGCUCUAUUGCCUGUCGCUUGUGGACACACUGCGCAGCAUGCCCAGAUCGGAGCGCGAACGAGUCAAAUUCGAGUUUGCCAGCAUUCUGAAGGACGCUAAGUACAAGGACGAAGCCUAAUAUUAUUACAAAUCUGUUUCUCUGGGUAUUUACGCAUACGAACAAGUCUAAGUCACAUUAAAUGUAUUAUUUUUACAUUAUAUGCAAAUUAUAUAGAAUUUUGUAAG